AUGUAUAUGUGGUCCUACCAUAGUUUUUGGCAAGGCCUUCUCCAACAAGAUCCUCGCCGCCGCCGGAUCCUCGCCGCCGCCGGAUCCCCCAUGCCGCCGCCCGCCCACGACAGGCGAAUCGUGCUGCUGAACACGCAAAACACCAUGGACGGGUUCACAAAGUGGUCCAUCAACAACAUCUCACUAGCCCACCCCAGCACCCCCUACUUGGGCGCCAUCAAAUACAACCUGGCUGACGCCUACGACCACACCAGCCCCCCCGACCACUACACCCCCGCUGACUACGACAUCCGGGUCCCGCCCCCGAAUCCGAACACGACAUCUGGCAAUGUUAUCUACGAGCUCAGCUUUGGAUCCACCGUUGAUGUGAUCCUGCAAAACGCGAAUACAAAUACGUUUAACGUGAGCGAGAUCCACCCUUGGCAUUUGCACGGCCAUGAUUUCUGGGUGCUUGGUUAUGGAGAGGGCAAGUUCACGGACAAGGACGAGGCUGGGUUUAACCUGAAGAAUCCGCCGUUGAGGAACACCGCCGUGAUCUUCCCUUAUGGGUGGACGGCACUGCGGUUCGUGGCGGAUAAUCCUGGCGCGUGGGCGUUUCAUUGCCAUAUUGAGCCGCAUUUGCAUCUGGGAAUGGGGGUUGUGUUUGCAGAAGGUGUUCAUCGUCUCGGCGCCAUUCCUAAUGAGGCCCUUGCCUGUGGAUUGACGGCCAAAUAUCUCAUGAAUAAGUGAGACUGCUGCUACUUUCUUCUUCUUGUUCAAUUUAACUAUAUGUAUU